UCAAUCAAUAAUUUAAUUAAUCCAUUUAUACCAUUUGAACAUUUUAAAAAUUGGAUACAAAUUAAAGGGGUAUUUCGAUUUUUAUUUAUAUUAAAUUAUAUAAUACCAAUAUCAUUAAUUAUAACAACAGAAAUACAACAAAUUACAUCAGCAUAUUUUAUAUCAGCUGAUAUGAAUUUAUAUGAUAUAGAACAAGAUAUAUCAACUAAAUCAAAUACACCACAAUUAGUUGAUGAAUUAGGACAAGUAAAUUAUUUAUUUAGUGAUAAAACAGGUACAUUAACUAAAAAUGAAAUGAAUUUACAUACAUUAGCUGUAUUAAAUACCGAUAAAGUAUAUGUAUUUAAUGAUAGUACACUUCAAAAUAUCAAUGAUAAUACUAAGAAUAGGAAGAAGGAGAAUACACAGAAAUCAAGUCGAUUAAAACAAAUUUCACAAAAAAUAAAUAAAUUUGGUUAUAUUGGUGUUGUUUAUGAAGAAUCCAAGGAAUUUCAAUCUGAAUAUUAUAAUGAUAAUUAUGGAUUUAUAUCAUCAUCAGAUUCUGAACUUGAUGAAGAAGAUCACAAUGAAAUAGUACCACAUUUUAUGUUGAAUAAAGUAAAUAAAUCUAAAGAAAAUAUUACAUCAGCAAAUGAAUAUCUUAAUUAUGCAUCUAAUGAUAAUAAUAAUAAUAAUAAAUUACCUAAUGAAUUAUUACAUUGUCUUACAACACUAGCAUUAUGUCACACCGUAGAAGUAAGUGAGGAGGAUUCAGUAAAACAAAAUAGAAUAGACGAACAUAUAUGUUUGGAAAAUUUUUAUCAGGCAACAUCACCAGAUGAAAAAGCACUUGUUAUAGGUGCAGCAAAACUUGGCAUUCUAUUCAUGGGUGCAUCACUCAAUGAGAAUAACUCACAUUCCAGAAUAUAUCGUCUAGAAUAUGAUCAGUGUUUACAAAAUGGUUCUGGUCAAUCAGAAAUUAUGGAAUAUUCCAUUGAUGCUAUUCUAGAAUUUGACUCAUUUCGAAAACGUAUGAGCAUUAUGGCUAAACAUCCUGAUGGAACGUAUCAUAUUCAUAGUAAAGGUGCUGAAUCAAGUAUUUUUGAGAUAAGUAACUUAUCAACUGCGGAUUUGAAACAGUUAGCCAGUAAAUAUGUUACACAGUUUGCUAUCAAUGGACUACGUACCUUAGUUUAUGCAAGUCGUCAAGUGGAUUCUAGAGAGUAUUACCAUUUGCUCAAUGAAUUUUAUCAUGCCAAUUCAUUAUUUGGCUCUGAACGUAGUGAUGCAUUAAAAAUAAUUUAUUCAAAAAUUGAAUAUAAUUUAACAUUGGUUAGUGUUACUGGAGUUGAAGAUAAACUUCAACCUGGUGUUCAUGAAUGUUUAAAAAAUCUCCGUGAUGCUGGAAUUCAAAUUUGGGUAUUAACUGGAGAUAAAGAAGAGACAGCAAUUACUGUUAGUCGUUCUGCUGGACAUUUUACACCAAAUAUGAGUUUAAUUCAUUUAACAAAUUGUGAUGAUUUAUUUACUUUUGCAUAUAAAUUAUUUAAUUAUUUAGAAAAAUUAAAAAUUUAUCGUGAAAAAAGAAAUUUAAAUAAGAAAAUAAAAUUAUUAUUAAAAAAACCAAUUCAUUUAAUCAAAAUGAAAACAAAUUUAAAGUGUCGUAUGAAAGUUGAGUUUAAUUAUCAAAAUAAUUCUAUUGAUGAAAUGGAUUUAUAUAAUAAUAAACAUCUGUUUACAAAUAGAUCAUUACAACAUGAAUUAGAUCGACCACGUUAUAGACAUUCUAAAAGACCUGGUUCUUCUGGUGAACCAAUGGCUCUUGUAAUAGAUGGUAAAAGUUUACGAUAUGCAUUGCAUCCUACUCUACGAAAAACAUUUUUGGAUUUAUGCUUACAUUUAACUACUGUAUUAUGUUGUCGUAUGACACCACUACAGAAAGCAUCAGUUGUACAACUUGUACGUUCAGGUUUCUCAGAAUUUGGUACACCUCCGAUUACAGCUGCAAUAGGUGAUGGUGGUAAUGAUGUUGCAAUGUUAUUACAAGCUAAUAUUGGCAUUGGUAUACAUGGUAAAGAAGGAAAAGAAGCUGUGCGGGCUUCGGAUUAUGCCAUUCCACAGUUUAAACAUCUACAACGUCUUCUUUUAGUUCAUGGACAUCGAGCUAAUCAUCGAAUAUGUUUAACAAUGGAUUUAUUCUAUUAUAAAUGUGUUGCAUUUGUAACAACACAACUACUUUAUACAUUUUAUAGUGGUUUCUCAGCUGUAGCAACAUUUGAAACUGUUUUAUUUUCAAUUUACAAUUUAACUGUAACAUCGUUAAUGUGUUUACUUUUUGGCUUAUUUGAACGUCAUUUACCUGAUGAUAUAUUAAAUGCGAAUCCAUAUCUUUAUAGAAAGCUUAAACAUCAAGCAAACUUGAGAUCAUGGUAUGUUUGUCUAUGGAUAUUAGAUGGAAUAUGGCAUGGUACUAUAAUAUUUUAUGGUACUACUUAUUUUCUUAAUGGUGGAAAUCACUUCUCCGAAGGUACAUUUUAUGAUUCACGUGGAAAUAUACAACAAUUAUUUGAUAUGAGUCUUUAUGGAUGUGCAACUUAUUUGUUUGUAUGGUUUUCAGUAAGCCUACGUAUUUUCAUUGCAUCACGCGAUUACACUAUUAUAAUAUUUGGAGGAAUUCUAUUUACUUUGAUUGGGAAUAUAGGAAUAUUAAUUUUAUUACAAAAUACAACAACACUUGACAACAUCAAUUUUCGCAGUUAUACGAAAUUAUGCCGAAGUCCAACAUUCUGGUUUGCUCUACCGCUUAUCUUAUGUGUAGCUAAUCUGCCAUCUUUAUUGUGGAGAAUCAUCUCGGACGCAUGGUGGAAUCUACAAAUUUACUUAAGUAGUAUACCUCAUAAGCAGAUUCGUCGAAAAUAUCGUCGAUCACCAAUGAUCUGGUUUUUGGCAUUAACAACUAAUUACCUGACUGAUUCAUAUGAUAUAUUUCAUCGAAAUGAAAUUAAACAAGAUAAUUCAUAACCUAGGCGAAGCGUAUAGUUUCACAAUACUAUCAGUCGAUGUAUACAAUAAUCAAUCAUCAAAUUACCAAUGAAUGUAAAUAAUAGAAAUUUUAAUGAAUAAUGAUAUUAAUUAUUCAUUAGGGUUUACCAGUGCUUUCUCUUAAGUGUUCCAAUUAUUAUUUAUUUUCUUUUAAACGAUUUUUUUAAACGAAGUAAACAAUUUAUUCACAUAAUUUUGUUUUUCUAAGAAAAACAAGUUAAUAUCUAAGUUUUUUUCAAUGAAUUUACAUUGAUGUACUUCUUCAAGGUACUUCUUGUACUUGAACAUUGUUUCAUAUCAUUCAUGAUACUGAUAUGUCAGUGCUUAACAUAGUUUCUUUUCUUCAAAUCUCUGGCAUUGUAUACUAUUCUAGAAGAAUAUUCUCUGUGAAUUAUUCUUCUAUCGUUUCUUUUACUGUCUUCUUAUAUAACAAGAAAUGUAUUUUUUAAUCUAUAAAUUGAUGUUUAUUUGACUACCUUUUAUUAAAGAUGUUAAGUGAACCUCACUAUUAUUAUUAUUUCUAUUUUGUGAAGAUUUACGUGUUUUUAUAUGAUUAUUUUGUAUAUGAAUGCAAUGUACUUGAAUAUUGGUGUUUUAUUUAUAGACAAUAAGAGUUUAAUUAAAAUAACCAACCAUAAAAGUAAUUAGGAUUUUCGUAAAAUACGUUUGCAUUGGGCAGAGAAUUUUAAAAACAACUUUAAAAACUUAUUUUUCUGAAGUCGAGAUUUUCUCGCUGAUUGUUGAUUAUGUA